AUGGUUAUUACAUAUACAAAGAAUAGUGACUGUGUUAACACACGACCUUAUUUUUCAGAAAGGCGUGAACAGUUAACAACUAAAGGUCAAGAAAAUCGAUUGGAGAAUACUAGCAGGGUUACCCUCACCUACUCUAGUGAUACAAGUGUAUCCCAGGAGAAGCAUCCAGGACCAUCAUUCUUACAAAGUGUGGAGACAUCUAUACAUGGUAACUAUUUUGUUGUCAGUUUGUCUGCUGCUGACAUAGCUGUGGCAGUAUAUUCAUACCCUGCAAUUGUUGUCUCAGUUUUUUACAACAGAUGGAUGUUGAGUCAGUUUCAUUGCAGAAUUAGUGCUGCCAUCAAGUGUUUAAGUUGUAUUGGAUCUGUCUAUAACAUCACAGCAAUGGCUAUCAACCGCUAUUGCUGUAUCUGCCAUAGUCUCAGCUAUGACACAAUUUACAGCAAGAAAAACACCUGCAGCUACCUCUGUCUUGUGUGGAUAUUGUCUGUUCUAACCUUGCUACCAAUUAUUUUUUUUGACAUGUUGGAUUAUGAUCCCAUAGUAUAUACAUGUACAUUCAUGCGCUCUGUGAAUCAACGGUGUACUCUUGUGAUUGAGUUUAUACAUUUCAUAAUACCUACAGCUGUAGUAUCAUUUUGUUACCUGAGAAUAUGGUUACUGAUUGUUCAUGUUAAAUAUCGCCUUAGGCAGGACAAGAAGCAAAAGAUUAAGUCCAGUGAAAUGCGUCAGAUGGUUAUAAUGUUUCUUGUUUCUGUGCUCUUUGCUCUGUGUUGGGGCCCAUACAGCAUAAUUGGUUUUGUAAUCAGCAUUAAUGCGACUGACAUUGCAACAGAGAUACCGCACUGGGUAUUUCUUGCUAGUACAUUUCUGGCUGACUUCAACAGUUGUUUAAAUGGAGUGAUUUAUGGAGUCUUCAACCAAAACUUCCGAAGUGAAUACAAAAAAAUAUUUUUUCUUCUGUUAUGCAAGUCAAGAAUAAUGACUGACAUAAAGCAGAAAAAUUCAUCUAGGCAGUCUAUGACAAAGACUACUGAAUGAAAUUGGUAACAGAAACUGACAUUAUUUUCUAUAUUACAUCUUUGUCUUACUUAACAGUGGAACAGUAUUUAUUCUGAAUGACAGAUAAAAGAAAACAGUAGGCAGAAGUUGCAAAUCCACAUACAUUUCAUCUGUUUAAUAAUUGUGCUUAAAGUGAAAUCAAUUUCCUUUUGUCUUAUUCAGGUCACUUUUCAUGUUGCUAACAAAAAAAAAAAAAAAAACUUGAAUGUUAAAAUGCAGAAGUGUGAUAUUUAACUACACUUUUCCAAAAAUAUCAACUGAGAUAAAUAAGAAAAUAUAGUGUUAGGUGCAUGUCUGAAUAGUCCAAACCAAGAAAAACACAUGUAUCAUCCAGAGAACAGCAGGAACAACAGGAACUCUUAUUUAUUGUAAAAAAAUUAACUCACUACAAAAGACAUAUUUGAGCUCCCAUCCCAACAGUACUAUGCUGGUGUAGGUGGGCACAUCGCACUAUUGUUUGCAUGUCUGAAUAGCACAAAAUCAAUUUUCAUGUCUUUUUGUUAUAAUAUAAAUGUAAUUGCAGACCCUCUCACCCUCAGUAAUGUAAAUUAUUCAUCAAAAAAUUUGGAGAUGCAUCUCAUCCUCAGACAAAACAACUAAAGAAAAUGUUUAUUUACCAAAGCUCAUACGUAAUUGUUAAAAUAAAUAUAUGACUGAUAUCAGGACUAACCAGUGGUAUGACAGAUUAGGACUGAAACACCCAAUGUCUAAUUUGACUCUGUUUCUUUAAAGAAUAUACUGUCAUAAAUUAGAUGCUGUACUUUGUUCAAGUUAUAUAAUGUGAUGGCUUAGAUUGUACUGUAGAAGGUGUGGUAGUUAUAUUGAAACUGAAUACUGUAUUAUGUCACCAGUUUUGCAUUAGAUCUCUUUUGAAGCUAUAUCCUGUACUGUUGAAUUAUAUUAAACUUUCUAGCACA